AUGGGAAUUUUCCAAACCUUGAUGAAAAAGAAGGAACUCAUUCCUUUAGCGUUUUUCAUGACUUUCGCAGCUGCAGGAGCCUCAUCUUUUGCCAUAUAUUCCUUGAAAAAAACCGACGUGAUUCUUGAUCGAAAAAGAAAUCCAGAACCGUGGGAAGCUGUGGAUCCCUCUGAACCUCAAAAGCUUAUAACAAUCAAUCAACAGUGGAAGCCUAUUGAAGAGUUGCAGAAGGUCCGAAGGGCAACCAAAUGA